AUGAUGAAAAAGUCGUUGUGUUCACACGUCUCUUUUGAUUCACAAUCAUCCUCACCGCAUUCAUCUGAUCCUGAUCAAUUCCCGAGUAUGGAAUCGAUGGACAAUGUUCGUGUUGUACGCGAUCUAUCCACUGCUUCGGGACAAGGUACCUCAAAGGCAAAGCUCCAAACGCGUUGUUUACCAACACCCGAUCCGGUUAGGGAGUCCGAGAUUUUGGAGAGCAUCGAUGCAGCGUAUUAUAUUGAUGAUGGCUUUGAUGCGACUGACUAUGAGUUGAAGAAGAUGAUCCGAAACGAUUUGCUGCCUGUGGAUAUCACUCGUGAAAUGGAAAGAUUGAAACGCCAACUUCAGGUGGUCUCGAAACGAAUCUCAGCGAUGAUUCUCGAGAAUUCGCCGUCCUAUUCAGCACAAUUGAAACAUGUUGACGAUAUUCAUAGUGAAUUGGCGGAUGUAUUGAAUAUUGUGAUGAGGAUACGCGGGUUGGCAUUAGAUAUGUUAUGGUACUCUUCUAGGAAUCUGGGUAUUGCGAAAAGUCAGAGUAGGAAUGGACUGCAAAUACUGGCGAAUCAUCGCAAUAAGAUAUUUCUGAGACAUUUGAAGAAUUCAUUGAGAACGGUAAAAACACUUUAUGAGACGGAAUUUCAACUCAAGGAUCUCAUUCAGGAAGGAAAUUUCCCAGACGCGAUCCGACUGUGCAAUGAAGCUCAAAAGGCGGCGACAACGUAUAGUCAAUUCAGAUGCAUAAGGGAAUUGUCCGAGAAGUUGACAGCAACGAUGCACGAGAUCGAAUCGAGUUUGGAUAAUUCGUUGGCAUCGCUGACCGUCGUAUUCGAUCCAGAUCGUUACGCAUCCAGUUCAGCGAGAACCGUUCUGACGGAUCGAAUUCACGCGCAAAACGCGGAUGCGAUUAACGUUGAUGAAAUGUCAUACGAGCAGCUGUGUGAGUUGAUCAUUAAGGCAGUCGACGCAGAGAAUAUGUUAGAAUGUGUUCGUGAAGUAGGAUUCGUAAUAUGUAAGGUAUUGUUCACUUAUCACGACAUUCUGAGGUAUCACAUUGAAGAAGAUGAACGAAUCAAUUGUACGCAACAGAAUGAAGAAGAUAUAAUAGGCAUAGUUCAGCAGACGUUAGCAGAUUCGCUGUAUUCCAUCUUCAAAACUGCGUCUACGAAAUUUAACACUCUGUUAUGCUGUCAUGAUUUAUCGAUGUUGAAAUUUGAUCAUUUUCUUGAUAUCGUUGAAAUGGCUAAUCGGUUUAAACAUUUUGGACGCGUUUAUUUUGGGAAUUCUUGUGGUGAAGUAUCGAUUUCUCUCGAAAAGCAAACGCAUCUUUAUUUCGGAAGAUAUCAUCGAGAACGGAUGGAUGAACUGAGAAUGUUCCUUGAGAAUGAGGCGUUCGCUUUGUGUCCUGUACCGUUGCAGUUUACGGUUUUCGAUCUACAGGAAUUUAAUUUCCUGAAGGAAUCAUCUGAUUGUUGUGAUGAGGAUGUGGAACACGAAGAUGUUAACGAUAACGCAAAACUUGGUGAAGCGCUCGAUUUUGAAAUCAUACCACCGGGUACAUUCAAUCCGUUCUCGCAAGAGGCUAAACAGAAAACUCUCGAAAUAUCCACUACAUCCAAUAUGACGAAGAGUUCGUUUGAUGAAACCGAUUCUGAAAUAGCAUCACCAAUGAGUGCCACAAGGAUGUCGAUGAGCGGUGACACGUACGCGUUUAUACUUUUUGAAGAUUGGUUUGUAAUUUAUACUUUGAAUAUUGGACGGUAUAUCCGAAUGACGUAUUUGUUACAUUCAAUUGCAGAGCACGCAAUCACUUCGAUAACGCAGUUGUUCAAUUAUUUCUUCUUUUCGGUACACUCAAUUUUCUCAUCUGACGGCAAAAAUUUUGAUAUUCAGUUUUGUUCCACUCGACUUCGCACUGUACUCUAUAAAAUCCGAGAAGAGCUAAUCUAUUCACACGAAUCGUCACCAACUGAACAUCAACUCCGAAUGUAUCCGUGUAACUUAUCCCCAAUGGUUCAACUCAAUUACCCAGAUCAAAUAUUCGCCCUUUCCGAGCGUAUUGUUGCUGUUGAAUCUUUAGUAUUUCUCGCCAAACAACUCGAUCUUAUUCGUCCAGUUAUUGAGUCAUUGAUAAAUUCAACAAAACGUUGUGCGACGUUGGACUAUUUCUAUUCAAAGGUAUUACCGGUGACAGUUGAUGUGCGAGAGUGUGUCUAUGGUUGUGUGGCCAGUCGCGCGUUGAACUAUUCGCAAAUGAUAUCGGCGGUAUCUUCAACGAAAUGGGACAUCAAUGAACUUCAGUCACAACAUAGUGGCUAUGUGGAUUUCAUUCUGCAGGAUAUGCAGAAUUUUGCAAAACGUUUGAAACGAAUCGAAGAAUCCAUCUCAGUUCCAAAGGUUGUACUGUCGAUUAUUUGGGAUUCAGUCAUACAUUGCUCUUUCAAGGCUCUUGUCCAAGGGUAUUCGGAAUCUGGAAAGAGGUGCACGAAUGAGGGUCGAGCGUUAAUGCAACUCGAUCUGCUGCAAUUGAUCAGUAAACUUGAACAAAUAAUCGAGUUGCGUCCCAUCCCACACAAAUCAUUCGUUGAGAACUACAUCAAAGCUUAUUAUCUUCCAGAAGGCUCAUUGGAGCAAUGGAUACAACAACAUAGUGUUGGCUAUCAAAUUCAUUUCGAAUAUACAGCGAAUCAAAUGAUAACACUGCUAAACGUUGCUACACACGUGUCAAAGAAAGCACGUGCACGCCUGAUUAGUGCGCUUGAUGAAUGA